CUCCCCGGCGGAGCCACGUCCUCUGCGGUUCGGGGGCGGGGUCGGAGAGUGUGCGUGGCGUGAGGGUGCCAGGUUCCCGGAUGGAGGCGAUGGUGAUCGCCAUUUGGGAAAAAGCAGCAAGCGCGGAGGGCGCUAGGUAGCUGCCAGCAUGAGAUCCCCGACCCAGCUGCUACUGCUCGUGCUGUUGGCCUUUCCCGCCGCUCUGCUGCUCGGCGGAGUUCGCGGCGGCCCGGGUUCAAGUUUACUAGUUGCAGCCCAAGAUGCUACGGAGGAUGAAGAAGCAGUGGAAGAUACGGUAGUUGAAGAUGAAGAUGAUGAAGCUGAAGUUGAAGAAGAUGAACCCACAGACUUGAUAGAAGAAAAAGAGGAAGAAGACUUAUCAGGAGAACCUAAAGCCUCACCUAGCGCUGAUACAACUAUCUUGUUUGUGAAAGGUGAAGACUUUCCUGCAAACAACAUUGUAAAGUUCCUGGUAGGCUUCACCAACAAGGGUACAGAGGAUUUUAUUGUUGAGUCUCUUGAUGCCUCUUUCCGGUACCCUCAGGACUAUCAGUUUUUCAUUCAGAAUUUCACAGCUCUUCCUCUGAACACAGUGGUUCCACCACAAAAACAGGCCACAUUUGAGUACUCGUUCAUCCCUGCAGAGCCUAUGGGUGGUCGUCCCUUCGGACUGGUUAUAAAUCUGAACUACAAAGACUUAAAUGGCAAUGUGUUCCAAGAUGCUGUCUUCAAUCAAACUGUUACAAUUAUUGAAAAAGAAGAUGGAUUGGAUGGAGAAACGUAAGAGAAAUUUGAACUUGUUUUUGUUGGUAGUACAUCAGCCGAAAUGUACUGCUGUAUGUGCCACUUAAAAAUGCUUUUGUCCUCAUUUCAUGGAAUGCUGGACAUCCUGUAUGGCCUGGUGAUGGUAGAGCAUUCAGAAGAGGGGAGAGGAAAUGUUAACCCAACACCUCAGAAAUAGAGGCUGUGUAUUUUUGCUCAGUGUGAAAUAAAACUGACUGGAUGU